GACCCGCUGAGAAGAAGAUACGUAGGGGGCAGAAAUCCAGAUGCCAGUGAUGGCAAACGAGCCGAUCAUCCUAAACGUCUAUGAUAUGUACUGGAUCAAUGAGUUCACCAGCUCUCUGGGAAUCGGAGUGUUUCACUCAGGGAUUGAGAUCUAUGGAAGAGAGUUUGCUUAUGGCGGACACCCGUACCCAUUCUCAGGGAUCUUUGAGAUUACACCAGGUGAUGCAACUGAACUUGGAGAGACUUUUAAGUUCAAAGAAGCCAUAGUCCUGGGCAGCACAGACUUCACAGAGGAGGAUGUGGAGCGCAUUGUGGAGGAGAUGGGGAAGGAGUACAAAGGCAAUGCCUACCACCUCAUGCACAAGAACUGUAAUCACUUCUCUUCAGCACUGUCAGAGAUCCUGUGUGGGCGGGAGAUCCCUCGCUGGGUCAAUCGCCUAGCCUACUUCAGCUCCUGCGUGCCAUUCCUCCAGAGCUGCCUGCCCAAAGAGUGGCUGACCCCGGCUGCCUUACAGUCCAGCGUCAGCCAGGAGCUCCACGGAGGAGGAGAGCUGCAGGAGGCAGAGGAUGCAGCUGCCACAGCUUGCCUGGCCUCCAUGUCCCCAUGCUCACCCUCAUCCUCCUCCUUGCCUCAUCAUUCCCGCCACCAGCCACGGCGAUAGAGACAGAGUUCUGCUGAGACACCUGGGGCCGGACUUGUGGUUAUGGAGACUGUCAGGUGACAACUCCUGCAGCGGCUGAUGGGUCCAGGUACAGCUGAAUGUUCUGUCAGACUGUCCUGGAGCAAGGCACUGCACUGCUGCCUGCUCUGGGUAAGAACGUCAGGCAAAUUCUUACAAUGAUCCAGAGCAGUGGAAGGGUUGUUUUCUCACAAGGCAAAGGAACCCCUGCUGCUGACAAAGAAAGGGUCUUCUCUCAGUGAACAUGGCUGAUGGAUUACAGCAUCCUGUCCUAAAUCCAAAACUGUUUCCCCUCAAGUCUUUUGUAUUAUUUUAUCAGCCAAGUGUCAUUGCAGAAUUGAAGUGAAACCGGUUGUUUGUCCACCAAUGUGUUUCAUAAUUUAAGAAAAUUUACCAGCCAGAUCCAGAUUUUUCCAGCUAUUUGUCUUGGUGUAGUGGAAACCAGAGAGAGCUUAUGGUGAAAAAGAUGCGCUGGCGGGGGUCAGUGUAAUCAUAAGCCCAUGGCAAAGGAGUGACUUUAACUGAUUUGGCAAAUUUGAUGUAAGAUUGUUCUUUAUUCUGUAGCCAGGUUUUUUGCACUACAAACCAUAGAAAUCAGGGUAAUUGUUGACAAGACUGACUGAUGUUUCUGCUUUCUUAAAAUUUCUCUUACCAUUAAACUUGAGCCCUAAAGGUUUGACAUUGUUGCUGUAAUUCUUAGUAGUUUGUAGCUGAAUAAUCCCAACAUUUAUCAACCAGGUGGAGCUGAUUUGGGAUGAUUGAGAAGACACCAGAGACAGUUAGGUAAAAAAUGCAAGCCUUUAUUUAAUAUCUUCUUCAUGAAACAAUAAUUCUCACAAACAUCAUCAAGACACGCAUGAGAAGCAAUAAUCUUUUUGGGGGAUAACGGUGAAUGUUUUUGUCGCUUCUGGAAGACAUUCAUGGUGCUGCACUCAGUCCCUGUGGGACCUCCACACAGCUGGAUGGUCACAGCUGAAUAUAUCUGGUUACAGAAAUUGUCUGGUUUAUUCUCACAACUCAAGUUCAAACUAUUACUCAAAAAUGUAACUCCUGCACAUUGACGCCAUGCUAUAAAAUUUGUUCAAAAAGACACUGAUUCCAGCCGUGGUUCUUCAACUCAAAAUACUUAGAUAUAUAUAUAUAUAUAAAACGUAUUUAAAAAUAUUCUGCCCAGGGUGAUAAACAUUUAAAA